UGUGUGUGAGUGUGUAAGGUGGGGGGGGAACGGAUUGAACUCCUCCUCUCCCGCCCCCCCCACCCCGAAGGAAAGCUCCCUCCGCUGGCUGCGAGCGGCGCUGCGUCGAGAGCGGGGCACGCGGCGGCGGCGGCGGAGGGAAGCGCCUGGCGCCGCCGGGCUCUGCCGCUGGAGCGCGUGGCCCGCCGCGGACUGGGGCAGGCAGGCUGGCGGUGAGGGGGGGGCGGGGGGUGAGGGAGAGAAAGAAGCCGAGCUGGGCUGCCUUUGAAACGCGAGGAGGGGACGAAGACGACGAGACUCCCACGGCCGCGGAGGGGUGGUGGGUGCCUCUCGCCGGGCGAGCCACCCCGCCACCCACCCUGGGCUCUCCCGCUUGUUGCUCAGGCCGGUGGGCUAGACGGAAGGAAGCCCCCGGACCAUGAAGGAGGAGGCGAGCGGCAACUCGGCGCUGCCCGCGAUCGGCGGCUGAAGAAGAAGAAGAAGAAGAGCCCGACUGGGUGGGGACGGCCAAGGGGAGCGAGAGCAGCCUUGGGGGUUCCGCGUCCCUCCCGGAGUCCGAGCCUCUCUCUCUCUCUCUGCUCCCCGGCCGCGGCGGCCCCACCGAGCAACCGAACCCCCCCCCCCGCACCCGCCAAGCCUGGUAUGGGGAAUCAGGUGGAGAAACUGACCCACUUAAACUACAGAGAGGUUCCCACGGCCGACCCAGCCGGCAUGGACCGAGACGAAGGUCCCCGAAUUGGAGUUUCUUACAUAUUUUCCAAUGAUGAUGAUGAUGUAGAGCCUCAGCAAGACCCAGCAGAGCUCGGUGGGGAACACCCUGCAUCACAACCGUACGACCCGCAACUUCACGAAGUGGAAUGCUCCAUUUAUUACCGGGACGAGUGCAUCUAUCAAAAAAGUUUUUCUGGCGACCACAACUCGUCUGGUGAGGUGGGGGGCGGUGGAGGAGGAGGAGGAGGAGGAGGGGGCCAUUUCACCACCUAUACACCAGAAAACCUACUGAACAAGUGCAAAGCUGGUGAUCUGAUAGAAUUUGUGUGCCAGGCCCAGUACCCUCACUGGGCAGUGUACGUAGGUGACUUCCAAGUUGUACACCUUCACAGACUUGAAGUGGUGAACAGUUUUCUCACCGACGCCAGCCAGGGCCGGCGGGGGCGCAUCGCGAACCACUUGUACCGCUACAAACCGCUCAGUCCCGCCACCGUGGUACGAAACGCCCUGGAUCAGGUGGGCCGCAAAGACCAAGAUCUCAGCUGGAGGAACUCCGAAUGUUUUGCCGCCUGGUGCCGUUAUGGCAAGCGCGAGUUCAAAAUUGGGGGCGAACUGCGCAUAGGGAAGCAACCUUACCGGUUGCAGAUCCAGCUGGGAGAUAAACGCAGUCACACGCUUGAGUUUCAGAGCCUGGAAGAUCUCAUUAUGGAAAAACGAAGGAACGAUCAAAUCGGAAAAGUGGCCGUCAUCCAAGAAUUGUCCAGCCAUCUCCAAGCAGCCGAGGCCGACAACGAAGACGGUGGUGCUAAUGGCAAACCAGGUGCCUGGACUGUUGCUGAGUAGCAGUCCUUGCACAGUCUGGCUGCUUAACCUUGGCGAUGGAUUAAAACUGAAUCCUGCGAAAUUGAGCUGUUAUAAGCCCUUUGGGCUCUUCCAGUGCAGGUUGACUCCAAUCCCAUGUGAAGGAAAGGGGCAAAGCUGAUUAAGCAUCGGUCCUUCGGCACUUAACUCCUUUGGUGCUUGCUUGAAACCAGCAAGUUUAUACGGUUGAGGGUUAAAUCUCAGGAAGAUCUUCCUCACUCGCUGUUUUAUGCAUUGAGUCUCUCUCUCUCUCUCUCUCUCUCUCUCUCUCUCUCUUCCCAUAUUGCUCCCCUGUUCCUCCUGCUUUGAGCUUCUGGCUUGUUUUAAAUUGGACCGAGAUCCCACCUCAGUGAAUUUACAGGACUCAAUGUUAUAGCAAGGUCAUUUCUCUCUUCACCCCCCACUCUUUUGGCAUUUCUGGAAUCUCCCUCCCUUUCGUUCUGCUGGUUAUGGCCUUCCAUUCUUCCUGUCCCCAGAUAUUUCUAUGAGGAUUUAAUGGCUAAAUUAUUGUGCAUUUGAGGGAGGGGGGUCACAGGGUUGGCCUGCUUGUGCUGAAGGAUUUGGCCAAGUUGUGAAGCAAGAAGUGUCAUUGCUUGGCUGUUCCCAAAGGGCCUUUUCUGGAAGGUUGUGGAGGGAUGCAAACCAUUUGCACAGAAGUGGCAUUCCAAAGUGGAAUUACCCUGGAAUAAGGGCUGCAGCUUUUCAUUUAGGAACCGGCUACCAAGAAACUUUUCUCCUUUAAUUACAGUGUGAAGUUGAGUUAAGCCAUGGCCAGCCAGUGUUUUUAGAAGUUUAUUGAAAUUUAGUGGGAAGGCAGCUAAACCCUCUUAGUGCCAGUGGUUACGGCAGGAUUAAUUUGCUACAAAAUCCAAGUACUGUUUGGGCACAUUGUGUAUUUGUUGGAAAAGGUGACACAAGAGACAGGCAAUGAUUUUGAAAAUGAAUUUUAUUCCUAGGCAGUGAAGCUGGUUGUCUUAUUUUUACUCUUAAAUGCCCAAGGACUAGGCUGUUACGCAUUUGGGGGGAAAAAAACAACACUUUUUCUUUCAGUCUGUUUUAUCAUUUUUUUAUGUAUAAAAUGAUUGAUUUCAGAAGCCCGGCAUCUUCUGUGCAUUUUUUUCAAUCUAUUUUUUGGUUUCAUUCAUUCUGUUUAGUAAGUCAGCAAAGCACAUCCUCCCCAUUAACAAUGGGGGGGGGGGAAGGAAAGGGAUGGUAUGUAUUGUGCAUUUUCAGGUUAGGGAAUUUCUGUCUUCAGCCCCUCAAGCUGAUCUCUAUUGAUGCCUUCUUUUUUCUUGGUGGACUUUUGCUUCUCUAGGGAUAUUGUUAACGCAAGGAAGAGAAAGCAGCUGCUCCCCUUUGUAGAAAUGGAAGAGAUUCAAAGAUUUGCCUUGUUGGCAAGUCACAAUUAUAAAAAAGAGAACUGGUAAAAAGUUCUGCUUGGGCAUUAUUGUUGCUAACUUGAAACUGCAGCCGUAUAGUUGCCAAUCCUAUAAAAAACUGUUCAGCAUGCAUUAACUAGGAGCUGUGCUUCAGGAGUUGCUUUGUAGCUAGGAAUUUGUUAUCUUCAUUCCGAUCAGCAAAUGGAAGAAGCAAGAAUUGUGUGUUUUGGUCAGCAGACUGUUAACUUCCUUGCUAAUGGCUGAUUUCUCAUAAAAAGCCUCUGAUUUGUUUUAAGUGGUGAAGUUGCACAUUUGGAAGCAAAGGUGUUUGCUGUAACUAAGCAGCAUUUUAAAACAUGCUUAGCAAUUAUUAACCACCACUUAAAGCAGACGAUAUUCUCUGCUAUCUCUUCACUGCAAAACCAUGUAAGGGAUGCUUUUCAACCACACGCAUCCGAUUGCCAUCUUUUGCAGAGGGUUGAGUUGAUGUUCCAGUGGUUGGUUAUUCCUCUAGAGUGGGUGUCUGCAACCUGUGGCUCCGGAGCCCCAUGCGGCUCUUUUGUCCCCCUGCUGUGGUUCCCUAUCAGUUGAACCCACCACUGUUCUAGCCCCACCGCUCACCCUCCCCUUCCAGUCACUCCUCGCCUGGCCUGAGAGAGAUCAGAGACAGAGACACAGAAAACGCUGGGAGCCACAAAACAUGGGUAGGCGUGGCUGGGUGUGUGUCAUGUGACUGGGUGGGAAUGAGUGACAUCGAGUUGGCCACACCCACCCAGGUUUUGUGGCUCCCGGUGUUUUCUUUUCUGUGGGAAACGGGCCCAAAUGGGUCUUUUGAGUAUUUAAGGUUGCAGAUGCCUGCUCUAGAGUAAGCGACAUUGGAUCGUGGGUUGAUAAGUGAGAGAAUGACAAUGACAUAAAGCCUUGCUCCUUUUCCUUUCUGUACUUUGGUUGUUCCAGCGGUGGCUAGAUGGUGCCACAAAUCACUUUAGACAAAUCACUGAUCAUCUGAAAUGAGUUUAGGCUGGUGGAUCCUUGAUCUUAUAAAGAAACAUUCUUGGUUGUCCUUUUUUGUAAGAUUCAGCCAGAAGUUAGUAAUCGCGUGUUGAAAGGCUGUUUUGCUAUCUAUCAAAAAGUCCCACCCUUCCCAAAAAAAAUUUAAAAUUUAAAAUUAUAAUUUUUUUUUUUAAAAAAAUCCUUCCUGUGUUUUGAAAAAUGCCUAGCAGGGAAAAAUGCACAAUAAUGUGAUUCCUUCUACCUAUUGCUGCUUAGUUUAUCUUCACUUUAGCUUCCUAUAUAUUGGGACACCCAAAAAACCACGUUAAUUCCCCCCCAAUUCCUCACCUAUAGAUUAAUGUGUUGCAAUCCAGGGAAUUUGCUACCGUACUGUAUUCUGCUGAAGGUAUAACCCACCACUGUCAACCCAUAAAUUUCUUGCAUACCAAACAAGGACCAGCUUAACUUCAAGAACUUUGGUUUAUUUUGCUAAUGCACUGUGAGAUUGUUUGCAUUAAGGAAGAGGGAAGUGAGCCAUGCAGAAAGUGAGAUAAUCCAGCGCUAAUUUGGUUUUUCUCCCUUUGCUUCUGAGAGCUCAAAAGUUGCGAUAAGCGGAAGUUGAUAAAGGUCUCGAGGAGAUGCCUGUUGUGUUGGAAACGGUGUCUUUUUAGGAACGUGAUGUUAUUCUGAGGUAUGUGCUCUGCAUACCGUGAUUGUCAAGCUCAUAUGCAAUAUUGUAUGUUUUUUAAGCACAAAAAUCUGAACGUACCGAACUUGGCUAUCGACAAGCAGAACAAGUCUUUUAAGCAGUGCUGAUGAGGGCAUCUGGAGGUACUUUUGAUGGAUGCUCAUCAAAGCUUCUACAGCUGUCAUCGUAAGAGGAAAAAUUGCAGUGGGAAAAAAAAAUUCUGCAUAUAUUUCCCAGGAAUACACAAUAAGCAGGAACUCGCUUCCAUUUGAGGACUGAUCAGCAUGGAGAAGUCAUCACAAAAUAGUAAAAAUGUUUACUGCUAUUAAAGAAGCCAAGAUGAUGCUCUUCCUGUUAAAUCCAGCAACUGUAUCCUAGCUUCAGAGUUGAUAUUUAGUUAUUAAUGAUUCUGAAUUUUGUAGAGAACAAAACUUAUUUCGCUAUGUAAUAGUGGUUGUAAAAUGAUAUUUUCUUACAAGUAUUUUUGAAAAGAAUUCCAUCAUGAAAAUAUUUACAUUUUUUGAAAGCUGUAUUAUUUUCACAGAGAAAUAUAUCCUCCAAAUCAAUUUUUGUUUAUUUUUGUCAUUGGUAAUCUAAAAGUAUUUUCUAGAUCAUAAAUAAAGUGUACAAGAAAUGA